AUGCCACAGAACAAAGAUCGGAACCGCGGCGGAGGCCAGAGCCGUGAGGUGCAGGUCUCCAAAGCUCUGAGUUUCCUGCUCCGACAUGCCGCAGAGAAGGAGGGGCUGAAGAUGAAUGCCCAAGGCUAUGCAAAUGUGAUGGACGUGAUGGCAUGGCGGAAACUCAAGUCCCUCAAAGUCACCUUCCCCGAGAUCAUCCAGGCGGUGGGCUCAUCAGAUAAGAAACGGUUCGCCCUUCUCCAUAUCCCAUCCGCGCAGCCCUCCGAACCCACCACCCAAACGACCACGGUGCCUGUGACCACUCCCGAGGCGGAACACCUGGCCGGCACAGUCGCAGCCGAGGAGGACCAGCCCUCGACAUCAGUAUUGGCCGCUGCACCGACCUCAAGCGAGGGCCAGCAAAAUGCCACGCAGCAGGCAUUAACCGUCAAGGACAGCGACCCAUCCCACUUCCUGAUCCGCGCAACACAAGGCCACAGCAUCAAGAGUGUGGACGCCGCAUCGUUCCUCGAACCACUGUCCUUGGCUGAUGAAUCGAAACUCCCCGACACCGUCGUACACGGCACCUUCCACGCCGCCUGGCCGGCGAUCAUGCAAUCGGGCGGCCUGCGCUGCAUGGGCCGGAACCACGUGCACUUCGCAACGGGUCCGUCGCUGGAAUCCGUGUUAGCCGUGCAUAAGAAUGGUGCAGGGCAUGGGAAUACAUCGACUUGGAAGGAGAGAGCGGCCGUAGCGCCGGACGAGGGUCGGGUCAUCUCGGGCAUGCGACGCGAUGCACAGGUCCUGCUCUACCUCGAUCUUCGCAAGGCGCUGGCGGCCGGGUGUCCAUUCUGGCGCAGUGAAAAUGGCGUCAUUCUCAGUGAGGGUGUUCCACUAAGCAAGGACGGGGGUGACGAGAGCGGCGAUCCGCAGCGGCUCGUGUCGCUGGACUUUGUCGAUGUGGUGGUCGAGCGCAAGGUCGGGCUAGGCAAGAUCUGGGAGCGUGGGCAGCAGCUGCAAGAACUGCCAGCGAACUUGACAAAACGGGGGCCUCCCAAGGGGAGGCGAUGA